AAAUAAGUUACACAGUAAAAGGUUGAAAGAACAUUUACAUCCCUACAAAAGAAUAUGCGGCACACUUAUCAAGGUCGAGCGGAAGAGAUAUAAACAAGGUCAAUCAUUGUGACCCAGAAAGAUGCAAACAUGGCAAAUCAUUAUUGUCACUUCUCCAAAUCCUAUCAAGUGGAAUUGAAGGAAAGAAGCUAGCCAAUUGAACAGUUGCUAGAACUUGUGAUUUGUGCAGUGUUUGGUAUCUGAUUUUCAAGAAUUCUUGGUUUUAUUUUUCUGGGAUUUGUUUGUUUUUGUUUGCGGGAUUGGUGGGAGAGCUGAAAAACCUCUGCUUUUGCAGUGUUUGGUGUCUGAUUUUCAAGAAUUCUUGGGUUUAUUUUUCUAGGGUUCUUUCUCUUUGGUUGGGGGGAGAGAGAGAGAGAGAGAGAGAGAGAGAGAGAGAGAGUUGAAGAGGAUAUGUGGGGGUUUGGGGGAAGGUAUUAUUGGGGAAGAAAGGGGAGGGGGAAAGUGGAAGGGAUAGUUGUGGUGUUUGCAUGGAUGUCAAGUGAGGACAGGCACUUGAAGAAUUAUGUUGAUCUUUACUCUUCUCUUGGAUGGAGUUCCCUUGUUACCCAUUCACAGUUCCUCAAUCUAUUCUUUCCGGAUAAAGCUGCAUCAUUGGCACGAGAAAUAGUCAAUGAGCUCAUAAAGGAGCUGAAAGUCCGGCCAUGCCCCAUUGUGUUUGCAUCUUUUUCUGGUGGCCCGAAAGCUUGCAUGUACAAGGUUCUUCAGAUAAUUGAGGGAAAGUGCGAAGAGCAAAUCAUGCUGGAUGACGACCGUCUCGUUAGAGAUUGUGUGUCUGGCCACAUUUUUGAUUCUACUCCUGUGGAUUUUGUAAGUGAUCUCGGCACUCGUUUCGUUCUCCACCCAACUGUUCUUAAAAUGUCGCGUCCUCCACCCCUUGCAUCAUGGAUUGCAAGUGGCGUCUCUUCCACUCUAGAUGCACUCUUUCUUAGCAGAUUUGAAUCACAGCGAGCGGAUUACUGGCAAACUCUGUAUUCCACAGUUAGUAUUGGAGCUCCAUAUCUCAUAUUGUGCUCGGAGGACGACGAACUUGCUCCAUUUCAAGUUAUCCAUAACUUUGCCAGUAGGCUUAAAGACCUUGGAGCUGAUGUUAAACUGGUCAAAUGGAAUAGCUCAUCUCACGUAGGUCAUUUUCGACAUUAUCCAGAAGAAUACAGGGCAGCUGUGACCGAGCUACUUCAAAAGGCUGCUGUAAUCUAUUCUCAACGAAUACGACAACUUGAAGGGGAGAAGAUGGGCAUGGAAGGCACACAUGAUGAGAUCUCCGAUCCAUUUUCAAACCUCAGAAAAGCCGCUGCAAAAUCAAGUCAGAGCCUCCAGAGGAUCGACCUCAACUCAAGCGACCAUUUAUACAUGCCCACCUCGCUAGAAUUUCACGAGGACAGGGAUGUCGGGUCCGUGCAGGACGAACGCAAAGAACACUACAUACCCUUGCCUGGCCCACCAAAAAUUAGUGCUCAUGGGGUUCUUGGUCAGUUCCUGUUCGACGUAUGCGUCCCAAAGAAUGUUGAAGACUGGGAUCUACGGUCAUCACCCUCCACGAGACGACGAGUCCCUUUCGCUCCUGGACGAAGGCAUUCUGCUUUCAAUCCAAUGAAAUGCAUCCGUCGCUCAAGAUUAUGAUUUCAUUAGUUGAUUCUUUUGUGGUGUUAGAAACACCUGGCUGACAACCUAGGAUCAUAACCAUGAUGAAAUACACCCUCUCUGAUAGCAGUUGGACAUGAAUAUUGGCAUCUUGGUCACCCUACGUUCUUGCAACAGGCAUCAAAUGUACAGCAAAAGGAUCUGCAAAUCCCACAAUUCUGUAACUUACACGACUUUUGUCACUUACUGUAAAGAUCGCUCGUUGUAUUGGAGUAAAACUUUCAGAGAUCAUCUUCCUCUGUUUUCUCAUUAUUGUUUCUGGAUUGAUCAAAAAUUUCUCAUGAA